GGAGCCAGAGUCGGCCGUCGCGGUCCCGGACGCUUCUGUGUCACUGUCUGCUGUGCUCUGCCCCCAUCCUCGCCGCGCGCUGCCCUCACGGGACUCGGAGGAGCCCCAGCCGCUCCCGACGGGACCGGAGAGUCGGGACUGGGAAGCCGGCGCUAAGGGAGGGAUCGGGUCCGGGCGGCCGAGCCCAAGGCCCCCGGGCGUGGAAGGGGGGGCUAAGGCCCCCGAGGGGGCCCCGCCGCGAUGGGCAACCUAGAGAGCGCGGAGGGGGGCCCGGGCGAGCCGCCGUCGGUGUCGUUGCUGCUGCCGCCAGGCAAGAUGCCGAUGCCUGAACCCUGUGAGCUGGAGGAGAGGUUCGCCCUGGUGCUGAGCUCCAUGAACCUGCCUCCUGACAAGGCCCGGCUCCUGCGGCAGUAUGACAAUGAGAAGAAAUGGGAUCUGAUCUGUGACCAGGAACGAUUCCAGGUGAAAAAUCCUCCCCAUACUUAUAUCCAGAAACUCCAGAGCUUCUUGGACCCCAGUGUAACUCGGAAGAAGUUCAGGAGGAGAGUGCAAGAGUCGACCAAAGUACUAAGGGAACUAGAGAUUUCACUUCGUACCAACCACAUUGGGUGGGUCCGGGAGUUUCUGAAUGAUGAAAACAAAGGCCUGGAUGUGCUGGUGGAUUACCUGUCCUUUGCCCAGUGUUCUGUCAUGUUUGACUUUGAGGGUCUGGAGAGUGGUGAUGAUGGUGCAUUUGACAAACUCCGGUCCUGGAGCAGGUCAAUCGAAGACCUGCAACCGCCCAGCGCCCUGUCGGCCCCCUUCACCAACAGCCUCGCUCGCUCUGCGCGCCAGUCUGUGCUCCGGUACAGCACUCUGCCUGGCCGCAGGGCCUUGAAGAACUCCCGCCUGGUAAGCCAAAAAGAUGACGUCCACGUCUGUAUCCUUUGUCUCAGAGCCAUCAUGAAUUAUCAGUAUGGCUUCAACUUGGUCAUGUCCCAUCCCCAUGCUGUCAAUGAGAUUGCACUUAGCCUCAACAACAAGAAUCCAAGGACCAAAGCCCUGGUCUUGGAGCUCUUAGCAGCUGUGUGUUUGGUGCGAGGAGGUCACGAAAUCAUCCUGGCUGCCUUUGACAAUUUCAAAGAGGUGUGCAAGGAGCUACACCGCUUUGAGAAGCUGAUGGAGUAUUUCCGUAAUGAGGACAGCAACAUUGACUUCAUGGUGGCCUGCAUGCAGUUCAUCAACAUUGUGGUACACUCAGUGGAGGAUAUGAACUUCCGGGUCCACCUACAGUAUGAGUUUACAAAGCUGGGACUGGAGGAGUUCCUUCAGAAGUCAAGGCAUACGGAAAGUGAGAAGUUGCAGGUGCAGAUUCAGGCAUACCUCGACAAUGUGUUUGAUGUAGGGGGUUUGUUGGAAGAUGCUGAGACCAAGAAUGUAGCCCUGGAGAAGGUGGAAGAACUAGAAGAGCAUGUGUCUCACCUCACAGAGAAGCUUCUGGACCUGGAGAAUGAGAACAUGAUGAGGGUGGCAGAGCUAGAGAAGCAGCUGCUGCAGCGAGAAAAAGAGCUGGAGAGCAUCAAGGAGACAUAUGAGAACACAAGCCACCAGGUGCAUACCCUGCGGAGGCUCAUUAAGGAGAAGGAAGAGGCCUUCCAGCGCCGAUGCCACAUGGAGCCAAGUGCUCGUGGCUUGGAGCCCAUGGGUGUUGAGGCCCUGACCAGAGCAGGCCCUGCAGAGCUGAGCGAGGGCAUACCACCCUCAGACCUGGACCUGCUAGCUCCAGCCCCACCUGCCGAGGAGGCCCUUCCUUUGCCCCCACCACCGGCUCCUCCCUUGCCCCCGCCUCCUCCCCCUUUACCAGGCAAGUGUCCCCCAGCCCCACCUCUCCCUGGAGCUGCUCCCUCUGUGGUAUUGACAGUGGGCCUGUCAGCCAUUCGCAUUAAGAAACCUAUCAAGACCAAGUUCCGGUUGCCGGUCUUCAACUGGACAGCACUGAAACCCAAUCAGAUCAGUGGCACUGUCUUCAGUGAACUGGAUGAUGAGAAGAUCUUGGAGGACCUGGAUCUGGACAAGUUUGAAGAAUUGUUUAAGACGAAAGCUCAGGGCCCUGCCCUUGACCUCAUCUGCUCCAAGAAUAAGACAGCACAAAAAGCUGCCAGCAAGGUGACCCUGUUGGAAGCCAACCGUGCCAAGAACCUGGCCAUCACCCUGCGCAAGGCUGGCCGCUCAGCUGAGGAGAUUUGCAGGGCUAUUCACACGUAUGACCUACAGACACUACCUGUGGAUUUUGUGGAAUGCCUGAUGCGCUUCCUGCCCACGGAGGCUGAGGUGAAGCUACUGCGGCAAUACGAGCGUGAGCGGCAGCCUCUAGAGGAGCUAGCAGCUGAGGACCGCUUCAUGUUGCUCUUCAGCAAGGUGGAGCGGCUGACUCAGCGAAUGGCUGGCAUGGCCUUUCUGGGCAACUUCCAGGACAACCUGCAGAUGCUCACACCGCAACUCAAUGCCAUAAUUGCAGCCUCUGCCUCUGUCAAGUCUUCACAGAAGCUGAAGCAGAUGCUGGAGAUCAUACUUGCAUUGGGAAACUACAUGAAUAGCAGCAAGCGAGGAGCUGUGUAUGGCUUCAAGCUCCAGAGCCUAGAUCUGCUACUGGACACUAAGUCCACUGACCGGAAGAUGACUCUGCUGCAUUUCAUCGCCUUGACAGUGAAGGAGAAAUACCCAGACCUAACUAACUUUUGGCAUGAGCUGCACUUUGUGGAGAAGGCUGCAGCAGUGUCCCUGGAGAAUGUGCUGCUAGAUGUGAAGGAGCUGGGCCGGGGCAUGGAGCUGAUUCGGCGAGAAUGCAGCAUUCAUGACAAUAGUGUCCUUCGGAGCUUCCUCAGCACCAAUGAAGGCAAACUGGAUAAGCUCCAGCGUGACGCCAAGACAGCAGAGGAGGCCUACAAUGCAGUUGUGCGCUACUUUGGAGAGAGUCCCAAGACCACACCUCCUUCUGUAUUUUUUCCAGUAUUUGUCCGAUUCAUUCGUUCUUACAAGGAAGCAGAACAAGAGAAUGAAGCCCGCAAGAAGCAGGAGGAGGUAAUGCGGGAGAAACAGCUGGCUCAGGAAGCCAAGAAGCUGGAUGCCAAGACCCCAUCCCAGCGGAACAAAUGGCAACAGCAGGAGCUAAUUGCAGAGUUGAGGCGACGCCAGGCUAAGGAGCACCGACCAGUUUAUGAGGGAAAAGAUGGUACCAUUGAGGACAUCAUCACAGGCCUCCAACACCAACCCAUUGUUGUUCGCCACCAAGCGCGGAAUGCUGCACCACCCAGUGGCCCCCCUCGGGCUCCAGGCCCCCACUGAGACCCUCUUGGAGGCAGAAGCACUUCAGUCCUCAGUCCUGCAAAGUUCCGCCAGUGGACCUGAAGCCAAGGGUCUGGCAGAAGGUUAUGCUGCUCUCAGCUGUGCCACCCCAGCACUCGGGCUGGAUCUUACCUAUGCCAUUGUGGGCACUAGGCCUAUUACAGACCUGGAACUUCCCUAGUGCCUCCAGUACUGUACUUUGCCCCUGUGGUCUUCAAUUUCAUUCCUUAAAAGGUCAUCAAGGGGUUAGCUCAAAGCUGGGAAAACCCAUUUCCAGCUUUACCUUAUACAGGGGGCACCUAGGCCCCUCUCCCCUGCUAGAGCCCAGUGAGAAGAGAGGGGAAAAGCUAGUCUCCCUGCUUUUUUCCCCUCUCUCUUCACAGUUCCAUGGUCAACACUAGUCUAGCAGUAUACAGGCAUCCUGGAACCCUGCCAAUCUCAGAUCAUCUCUUAUGAGGAGCAAGGAAGGCCCUUUUAUGCUUGGACCCACCCAGCUGCACCCUCAUGAUAAGUGUAGAGGAGUGAUGCCAGGCCUACUGUCCUUCUCCUUGGCCCAUUCAAGUCACAUGCUGUUCUUGCUGCAGUGGCCUGAAGAACAGGGUUGUCUACACCAAGACCUCUAGAGAAAGGGCAUGCAAACAACCUCCUCACCUCCUUUUCUCAGCUAGGUGGUUUUUUGGUGGGGGGUAGGAAGCAUGGUGGUCUCUGCAGACUAUCUGCUCAGUUCCCUGCCAGUUUUGUCUCAGUCCCUGGAAGAGAAUCAGGGGCCACCUCUUUUUGUACAUGUACCAUUUCCCUUCUCUCUUGUACAUAAACCCUAGUCCUUCCUUCUCUUAACAAAAGCUUGAAGCACCAGGCUGUCUCCUCUUUCUGAGCUUGGGGGAGCCAGGAUGGUUGCUGAAUUAAAAAGUCUGGGGAAAGGAGCACAGAAGCUUGCCGGAAGGAGGCUGGGUGGUUUCUGAUGACACAAAGGGAAGCAGGCCUGUGUGAGACACUAGUGCCCUCUGCUGGGCAUGUGUACACCAAUCC